GAUUGUUUCAUAAUAUAUCGAUACUCGAUUAUCCAAAUCGAUUGUCACGGGUCGAUUAAUCCAAUCGAUAUUUUUUCGUCAAGAUCUUUUCCCGAGAGGUUAUUUCAAAUAAACAAAUUAUUUAUAACCUGUGGCUCGUAAAAAUUUUUUAAAAUUAUAAUGUUCAGUAUUUUAUGGGUUUCUAUGAAGCCAUGAAUAUUCCAACGCCAAAGCUGAGAUUUUUCUGAAUUAGUCGAUCCGAUCCAAUUCCACCAAUCCAUCAUUUUUCGCUGAAAGUUUGUGUCUGCGUCAGAGAUAAUAGGAGAGAUCAGGGUCCGGAUUUGGGAUCAUUUUUUGGAGAGACCAGCACUAAUUAUUCAAAACCGACUAUCUGACGCUCAAGACCUUAUUUGCUGGACGGAUUUUGAAGCUGUAGUACACUAUCUGCGUGUAUAAUAGCAUUUUAUACAUCGAUAUGAUAAUAUAUUUCAAUGAAUACAUAUUCCAUUCUAACCUCAAUAAUUAAAUGAGUCAAGUAGCUGCAGGUUGAAAACAUGCCACGAAGAUCUCAACGGUUACGAUCGAGUUCUUUUGUAGUAUUAGACUCUGACGAGGAAGCAGGCCCAUCGAAUGCACCUCGAAGAAGUCCAAUUGCAAGUCAGAGAUCCCAGAGACAUAAUGACGAUGAUACCGAUGAGGAACCAGCAACUCAAUCGCAGCGACGAGGAGCUGAAUUACCUGAAGAUGAAGAGAAUCACGAGCUUGGAACCCUGUUGAAAUUCCUGUUGUCUGCAGCAUCAAGCAAAAAUGUUAUCAAGCAAGCAGAUAUCAAGACCUAUGGAAUGUCAUGCCAGGCUAAAUAUUAUCAGAGUCUCAUGGCUAAAGCCAAAGUAGUUCUACAUGAAAUCUUUGGAUACAACUUGAUCAACAUCGGUGGACAGAAGUGGAUCAUUGUGAAUGCACUUCCUCACAAUAAUAUUCGUGUGGAGGUUGAGGAUGUUCCUGCACAGACUCUGCUGUUCCUUGUGCUGUCACAUGUCUUCUUGUCCGGAGAACCAUGCGCAGAAGAUAAUUUAAUUCAGUUCCUGAAAGGCUUAAACAUUUGGAGAGAACAUGGUGGCCACCAUCCUUACUUCGGGAAUGUCGAGGAGAUGGUGCAAAAGACAUUCGUUCAGCAAAUCUAUUUGGUACGAUCUAAAGAAUCAAAGGGUGACAAUGAAAUGUAUGUGUACACAUGGGGUCGAAGAGCUACAGAGGAGUUCGAUCCUCGAUAUGUAUUGGAGUUCAUCAGCAAGGUAUACAAAGAUCGGCCAGCCAGCAGUUGGAACCUACAGUACCGAAAGGCUCAGGGAAUCAAAAAGUCAUAAUGACAACAACAGGAAAAAAUAUUGCAGCAAAACGAAGGACAAGAUAUUCAGCUGACGAAAAUCUCUCAUCAUU